GAAAAAAGCGCGUGCAUUUUCCUUCUGCUUAGUUCAGUGGAAUUUCUUUUAUGUGAAACACAAAUUUAAGCAUAGUUUUACGAUUUUUGUUUCUUUAUUUAAUUACUAAAAAUAAGUGCAUAUUAACAAAAAUAUUUGUUUAUAAACAAAAGUGAAAAGUUAUUCGUCGAUUUCCGAAUUAGUUUUAACCUUGAAUUGUACUGAAUACCAAUUUCGCAAAAAAUUGAAAGGGGUGAUUACAACAACAACAACAACAACGUUAACUUGUACACGCGAACUCAAAAGAAGGAAAACUUCCGUUCUUUACCUCGACGUGUGGGAAAGUUUUGUUAGGUUAGGACUAGAUUUGUACAAAAAGAUAAAGUUGUGGCAUUAAAUGCCGCCCAACAACGUAGAGCCAGUUGAGCAUCAACAAAGUGAUGCGGAAAUGCGUGAUGCAGAAGAAAUUCAGCCAACAACCUCGACAGCGCUUGCAACAGGGUCUACGACGCAAAAUCAGGAUGCGAAUAGCAGUGAAGUUGCCAGUGAUACACAUGAUGAGCGAGCACCAGCAGAACCAAAUGCAGACGCAGAUACGGAGAUGAACGCUGCUGAGGAGAAUGAAGCUAAUGGCCCUAACGAAGCUAAUGGGAAUGCAGCAGAGGCAGCCGAAAAUGAAGAAGCUGGAGCUGGCGCAGCUGCUGAGGCCGAUCCAUUUUAUGGUUUCGAAGAUGAAGAACCAAAUUUCGAUAGCAAAGAUAUGUCGCAAGUGCUGCAAAUUUGGGAAGCACAACAUACACGUUCCGGAUUCGAUCCAGUGCCAGUGUUGAAAAGAUUGGCCGAAAUCUUCGAAAAGGAAAAAGAAAUUUAUAUGCGUAAAGAUCACGAUCCAUUUGAGGAUCGACAUCCCUAUCGUACGGAUCCCAAGUGCCAAUUUGGUGUACUACUGAAGCAGCUCUUCCGCAAAGAUGUGUUCGUUAGUAAGCUUGUAAGCGACUAUCUGCGUGAUAAUUUCUUUACACGCCAAAAUAUACAAAAAAGUUCCUUAGAACUCAAUAUACUAUCAUGUCGCCUAAUAUUUAUAAUUGCGCCUGGUUUGGAGACAUCCGCCGUAUUCCAAGGCGAAUUCGAGCAUCUGAUUCAUAGAAUUUUCGGUUGGGCCGAAGAUAGUAUUGAGCCGUUACAAAGUUAUGCCACCGGUCUGCUAGGUGCAGCUAUGGAGGUAACCGAAAUAGCAGUGUCAUUCAAGGAACACAAUAUUCGCCUCAUACCCAAAACGCUGAAGCGUCUACAUAUGUUACAAGCGAUCUACUACUCUGGCAAUGAAUGUAGCCUUUCUACGCUUACACUACCACCAUCCGAUUCCAGCUUAGAAGAUAAUAUUUCAUUUGAAAAACUACUGCCACCUUGGAGCAAUAACGACUCUGCUUUUGUGUCGUCGCCCCAAUCAGAGAACGAUGCCAAGGCAUCAACAUCGCAAGCUUCAAAAAGUACAUUAUUGGACACAAAUUGUUCGAAUUCGAACAUGUCGACUUUGCUGGAGAACAGUCGUGAUGCCUUCCCACAAGGCAGUGGCUCGCGUUACUACAAAAAAAUGUACAUACCCCUGCAUCCGCCCACCGUCGAAUCGAGCCAAAUGCUAAUGUUACGGUACUUAACAUCACUCGGCAACCAUCAAGACUAUUUAGGUUUGGUUUUCGAACAUCGUGCUAUGCAUUUAGUGUUCGGCUAUUUGGAGGAAUUGGACAGGCGUGACACAUGUCUGGCAUUUGAGGCGCUAAAAUAUCUAGCUUCUUUGCUUUGCCAUAAAAAAUUCGCUCUGGAAUUCAUCGCGCACGGCGGACUGGAGUUGCUGCUUAAAGUGCCGCGUCCUAGCAUUGCAGCUACCGGCGUUUCAAUAAAUCUCUACUACCUCGCCUACUGCGAAGAGGCCAUGGAGCGCAUGUGCAGCAUGCCACGAACUGUGAUAGCCGAAUUAGUGCACUAUGCGCUGUGGCUAAUGGAACGCUCUUAUGAUUCGGGCGUCUGCCAUGCGACCAUGUUCUUUGGCCUCAGUUUUCAAUUCAAAGUCAUUUUGGACGAAUUCGAUGCGCAGGAUGGCCUGAGGAAACUCUACAAUGUGAUUUCGAUACUUAAAAUUUUGAAUCCGUCAAACAACGAUGAUGAUGAGAACCCUAUCAAUGAUGAUUUGGAGUGUGCUUCACGUCAACUCGUGCGCCAUGUGUGCGUGGCACUCAAACGCUACAUGGAGAGUCAUCUCUUCUACAAGUACAACAACUUCAUGCGUUCGCAAUGCCUGUUUUCCAACGAGUUCUCGCAGCAUAAUGUCACCAAAGCGGCCAAACUGACCCUGGAGCAGAUCAGCGAACAGGUGCGCACCUUACAGGAGAACACAUCGGUGCGCGCACAUUGGGCGCCCGUGGACAAGCUACUGAAAGUGAGCGGCAUAACGCUGCUGCUGAAAAUCAUAGCGCUCUCAUACGACUGGAACAACAGCGUCAGAUCCGAAAUAGUGCGCUCCUCGUUGGAUGUGCUGUCCAUUUGCUGCGUCAUACCGCGCGUAUUCCAGGUCUACUGCGAGCGCUUGGAUGUGCCCGAUAGCGCCGGUGCCUCCGGUAUUUACUUCAUAUUGGCUGCUGCUUCGGGCGAUAUCACUGCAGACGCGGAUGUGCAAAAAUCAGCUUUGGCCGUCUUGGUCCAUUGCGUCUGCGCACCACUUUCAAGGAAGGAACCAAAUACCGCCAUGAAAAUGUUCCACUCAUCAGCCAAGAAAGAGCCAACUAGCGCCGGGAAAGGGCUAAAUUCGUCCAAGCGCAACAGACCAGCAAACCGCUACUGCGAAGAGCUAAUCGAAAAGGUUUGGGAGUCGGUGUGCUCCAAUAACGGCAUUAUUAUAUUACUCUCGUUGAUGCAAAUCAAGGCGCCCAUCACCGAUGCGGACUGCAUUCGCGGCAUGGCCUGUCGCGCUUUGGCCGGCCUGGCACGCUCCGAGCGCGUGGGCCAAAUCGUCGGAAAACUAACACUCUUUUCAAACGGUCAGAUACAGACGCUGAUGCGCGAUCCCAUACUGCAGGAGAAACGCGCCGAGCAUGUCUUAUUUCAGAAGUACGCAAUCGAGCUGGUCGAACGCGUCUCGGGCAAAACAAAACCCAUCUCCAACAAAAUGGAUCCCUCACUCGCCAACAUACACAAAGCCAAUGUGAUUGCGCAAACGAAAAUCCAGUAUAACGAGCAACAGCUCUACCAGCUGAUACACGACCAUCUGGAAUCGAAGGGUCUGCUGCAGACGGCGCAAAUGCUGCAGAAGGAGGCUGGCCUACCGCAAGUCUCGGCCAACACGACGAAGAGCUUCCACCAAUCGCCGUUCGACUACAAAGUGUUGCCUUCAUCAACGGUACGCCAGCGUUUGCGCAGCCGCAUGCAAGACGUCAACAAUGCCAUACAGAGCUUAGCGAAUUCAUCCACCAGCGACCAACAGCAACUGAACAGCAGCCUGACGCUGGACGAGCUGCCGAGCAGCAACAGCGCGGUAACGCCAAUUAAAUUGGUGAAAAAGUCGGAGAAGAUCAACACCAGCGCCAACAGCGCCAGCGCUUUGGCCAUUGCGAAUGCGAAUGCGCAGCGCUCGUUGCAAAAGCAAAUCACCUCACUGCCAGAGGAUGUACGUUCGGAGAGUGGUUCGCCGCCGCCGCAGCACGGCAACCAGACGGGCAUCACGCUGGGCACCAUCGUCACCGAGUAUCUCACGAAUCAGCAUGCUUUGUGCAACAACCCGAUGACCACAUGUCCACAAUUCGACCUAUUCACGCCACACAAGUGCCCGGACCCCAAGCCCAAUCGCUCGGGCGAUAAUCUGAAUUUAACAGCGCGCAUCUUCAAAGCGCAAGCCGGUUACAACACAGCACGCCUGGAUCGACGCUAUGUGCAUUCGAACUUUGCGCCGUGGCGUUCGGUGCGCUCCAAUGACUUCCCCUCGCUGCAGUUCUCCACGUGUGAGAUUGUGUCGCCCUCCAAACUGCUGCUCGUCGGUACGCACCGGGGCGAAGUGAAGGCAUUCAAUCUCUCCACCGGCACAGAGGUCUUCUCGUCCACCUGCCACGGUUAUGUGGUCGAUUCCAUCAUUUCGAACCGCGCUGGCGACCUGGUGCUGACCUCGUGCUCUUGGCGUUCGCCGCUCAGCGUGCUCUGGUCUAUACAACAUAACGAGUUCGCGACGAAGCUCAGCUUUGGCGACGACUACUAUUGCGAAUUCAACAACCUGACGCAGGACAAAGUGCUUGGCACGCAAAAUGACUGCGCCAUCAUUUACGACAUAAAUACGGGAAAUAAGAUUUCCACCUUCACACCAACGCUCAGCAACCAGUAUGUGAAGAACCGUGCAACCUUCUGUCCCACCGACGAGCUCAUUCUGUCAGAUGGCGUGUUGUGGGAUGUGCGUUCCGGCAAGGAGAUACACAAGUUCGACAAGCUCAAUCAAUGUCUUUCCGGCGUAUUCCACCCGAAUGGUUUGGAGAUUAUUUCAAACACCGAAGUGUGGGACCUGCGUACAUUCCAUCUGCUGCAGACGGUGCCGGUGCUGGACCAGUGUUUCCUGAAAUUCUCGCCCAUGCGUGUCAUCUACAGUUACAACGCAGAAGCGUCCGAUGAGCGCAUCGAUGCAAUGCUGGAGGAAUUGCCCGCCUGUGAGACUAGCUUUAAGGUUCUGGACGCGUACGACUACUCUUCGAUAUCGACGAUAGACGUGCGGCGCGGCAUCUACGACAUGAGCAUAAGCGAUAAUGGCAGUCUGAUUGCGCUGGUGGAGAACCAGCCGGCGUUCGACUCGCGGCCGGAGACGUUCGUGAAGAUCUAUGCUGUGGGCAUGAAGAAGAUCGAGAAUCAAGAUGAGGAAGAUGAUGAAGAGCCUGAGUCUGAUGAGGACGGUUCGGACAGCGAUUCAACAGACAUUUUUGAUAUGAGCGAAGGUCAGCUUCGUUUUCGGCGACGCAAUCGUUCGGACGGCGAUGACGACGACGACGACGAAGAUAUGGACAGCGAUGAUGACAGCGACAACAACGACGGUGAUGACGACGACAAUGAUGGUUGGGUAGAUGUCAACUCACAUUCGUCCAUGAGCGAUGACAACGACGACGGCGAUGACAAUGAGCAAGCUCAGCGCGAAUCGUCCUCGUCCGAUGAUGAGAUUAUGGAAAUACAUUUUCGGCCUUUCUAGAAACUGUCCCACACGUCGCUGUCCUUUGCUCUAGGAGUAUACUAAACAAAAAUGCUCGCGAAACCAAUGCAAAAAUGCAUGCAAACUUUCCACGAUCUGUUGAUGCGCCUAAACGCCUAACGUUUGAAGCAAAAGUGAAGCAGUUCUAAUCUUAAUUUUGUUCUGGAAACAAUAGUGAUUUAUUUAUAAUUACAACUACAACAACAGAUGCUAGAAAAUCAACCACAAUUGAAAGAGCAAAGCAGAAUUUUUGUUAAUCCACUUGUACUAUAAGUUUUCACUCCAUCAGUUGCCGUGUAAAGUAGUUAGCCUCAUCGAAAUACAGAAACAAAGCAAAGCGAAACACAAAUGCAUAACGCCGCGCCGAAUAGUAAAUUGGAAAUGCAAAAAUUUUAGUUCAAAUUUUUCCAUAUCUAAAAGAUUAUAUUUUUUAUAGUUGUAAAGUACCGAAGCGCGCACCAAUUCUUGUAUUUAAUUAUUCUUAGAAAGCAAUUAA